UGAGCCAACAUCUACCGGCUCAUGGAUUUGGAAUACUUCAAUCCUUGACUAUCCGGCGACAUUUUAUAACAGCUUACGAACCGGUAUCCUCCUUGAAGAGCGCGUAGUCGCUUCGUUAGGCUGCGGGAUCAACCAUACACACUGAGCAGGAGAGCAAAACAAACAACAUGAAUUCGCUUUUCAAUUCUGCACUUAAGCAAUCGUCUGCGAUCCGGCGGGAUUUGGAGACUUUUUCGGAGUCGCCCGCGACGUCAUCUGCAGCACUACAAGGCCAGAUCGCAGCUUCGUUAGCAUCGCUAUCGCGGACGGUGGACGACUACUCGGCACUAUCCAAGAAGGAAUUAAUCCCCGCAAAACAAGAAAAGGCGUUUGAACGGGUCAAGAACUUUCGAACAGAGCUUGGGGACUACAGACAGCAAUUUGACAGCCUCCGUAAGGCGCGAGAAGAUGCCCAAUCCAUGUCGAACCGCAACGAGCUCCUUGGCCGUCGGCCGCACCAUGCCGCGACCCCGGAAAACCCCUACGCACAAUCCGCCCUCCCGCAACCAUCGCCCUUCGCCCCUUCGACUACGGCGCGAUCUGGACUGAGCUUUGGCGCAUCGCCAGCCGACUAUAACCGAGAAACGCACGCGUUGCGCGAACAGUCAUUCCUGAGCAACACCAGUAACCAGCUGGAUGAAUUUCUCGACCGGGGGCGCGCGGUUCUUGCGGAUCUGGGACAACAGCGGGAAGUUCUCAAGGGUACGCAGCGGCGACUGUAUAGUGUUGCCAACACGCUCGGAGUCAGCGGGGAUACGAUUCGAAUGGUGGAGCGACGGGCUAAGCAGGAUAAGUGGAUUUUCUGGAUUGGGGUGUUGGUAUUUUUCUUGUUCUGCUGGGCGGUACUGCACUUUUUGCGAUGAGAAUUGUCUCUUGUUUAUUACAUUCUUCUUCUGUAUUUUUGCUUUGGUUUCUCAAGCGCCGGAGUUUGGAUGGGUUGGCAUGCGGUUUUCUGUUUACUCUAGGUUCUUGUAUAUCCUGAAUGCAAAGCAUUUGAAUCGCGCGACUUAAGUACAGUUUCAGAUAUAGUACUCACAUUAGCAUCGGCAGACCGA